AUGUCUUCUUACCCCCAAGUUCAAAUGCAGCCCGAUCUCGCUUUCGUUGUCCCUGCCCCUAGUAGAGUUACGAAAGCGACGGACGAACUAGGAAUCACACCCCUGGGAGUUAGACAACCCACUACGUUUAUUAAAAUGAACCAUCCAGUAAAAAGAAAAAGAAUAACAAAAGAAUUCAAAAGGGAAAUAAAGAAAAAGGAAUCGAUUGAGCAUUCUAAACCUAAAGUCGAGAGCUUAAAGGAAGAAACUAAAUUAAAGGAAGCUUCUAAUUUAGCUCAAGAGGCCAAACCAAUAUUAAAAAAUAAAGCUCUUUUUGAUAAAGAGACAAACUACUUUGAAGCCGAAGGCGCUACAUAUAUCGAAAAAAAGUCAGCUCAACUUGACCAAUGCAAACUUGAAUUAGAAAUUGAUGCCGAGCGUGAAAGAGAUUUAGAUAGCCAACGUAUAGAGCCCUUUACACUUCCAACCAGCGAAGAACUCGAAUUUGAAAAAACUCAACCAAUUGAUAUGACUAAACUUGAUACUCGCAUUAAAAGCAUUAUUGCUGUUUUACACAACUUUAAAAAUUUAAAGGCUCUAGGAUCGCAUCGUUCGGAUUAUACUGAGCAACUUUGUCGUGAUCUCUGCGAAUAUUACGGAUACAAUGAAUUCCUUUUAUUUAGCUUUUUUAAAAUUUUUGGCGUUUCUGAGAUUUGUGAUUUUCUGGAUGCCAAUGAAGUUCCUCGACCACUUACAAUUCGAGUGAAUACCUUGAAAGCCCGCCGGCGAGACGUCGCCCAAGCUUUAAUCCAUCGAGGCGUUAACUGUGAUCCGAUCGGAAAAUGGUCGAAAGUGGGUCUUGUAGUUUUCGAUUCUCCCAUUCCAGUGGGAGCCACUCCCGAAUAUCUCUCCGGCCAGUACACUUUGCAAACGGCAUCUUCGUUUUUGCCUGUCCUCUCUUUGCAGCCGCAAGAAGGAGAGCGGAUUCUAGAUAUGAGCGCAGCGCCCGGAGGAAAAACCACUUACUGUGCUGCUUUAAUGAAAAACACCGGAAUCAUUUAUGCUAAUGAUCCCAGUAGUAAAAGGAUCAAAGCUCUCGUUGGAAACAUUCACAGAAUGGGUGUUAAAAAUUCGAUUGUGUGCAGCUAUGAUGGAAAGAUGUUUCCCAAAGUCAUUGGCAAUUUUGAUCGUGUUCUUCUCGAUGCUCCAUGCAGCGGAAGUGGCGUUGUUUCUAAAGAUCCCAGCGUGAAGAUCAGCAAAAGCUCCUUAGAAAUUAUCCGCUUGGCCACUACGCAGAAGCAGCUCCUCUUGCAUGCGAUCGACAGCCUCGAUGCUAAAAGUUCCACUGGCGGCGUCCUCGUGUACUCCACGUGCUCUGUGCUUGUUGAAGAGAACGAAGAAGUAAUUAACUAUGCACUUCGGAAACGCUUUGUAAAGCUGAUUUCAACUGGUUGUGAUUUUGGGGUCGACGGAUUCACUCGAUUUCUUGGAAAACGCUUUCAUCCUUCUCUUAAGUUGACUAAAAGAUUUUAUCCCCACACUCAUAAUAUGGACGGAUUUUUUGUGGCCAAGCUAAAGAAAUUAAGCAAUGAAAUUCCUACCGGGAAAAAAAAAGAUCCAGCCUUCUCAAGUUCGGAGUCAGUACAAAAUAUCAAGGCUAAUCCUGAAAAAUUGAAGCGUCGUCGUGCAACUUGCGGUGAUUCUGUACGUUUUAAAAAAGUUGAAAAAAUCGGCACAUUAGCGAAAAGUCAAAAAUUUUCGCAAGGAAAAAGCGUAACACAGGCAGUACAGCCGCGUAAACUACCAACGGCUUGA